AUGGAUAACGUACUCGCCAAACCUGCAGACCUCUGCUGUCUCAAGGGAUCGUUUCAUUCUGGAGAAGCUACUGGUUCUACCAUCCAGAUCGACGGCAUCGACACUUACGUCGCCAAACCUCAUCCCAACAAGUCCAACGGGAACGUUCUUCUUUUUUUCCCUGAUGCAUUCGGGCUGCACAUCAACAGCUUCCUCAUGAUGGACGCUUUCGCCGAGUGCGGGUACCUCACUCUUGGUGUCGAUUACUUCCUUGGUGACCCUGUAACAAAGCACUCGUUGACGCCGCUGAGUGAUCCAAACUUUGACUUUGAGUCAUGGAAGAACAAACAUCUCAAGGCGUCUGAGGAUGCUGCUGCUAGAUGGGUCAAGGCCGUAAAGGCGCAGUACGGAAGCAGCGAAGACGUCAAAUUUGCUUGCGUUGGCUACUGCUGGGGUGCACGCUUCGUAUGCCAACAGCUGUCUGCAGACGGUAUUUGUAAAGUCGGCGCCAUCGCCCAUCCUUCGUUCCUCAAGGAAAGCGAUGUGCUUUACGUCCAAGGCGACACAGACAAGCUUUUUGAACCGGAGCAGAGAAGCAGGACAGUCGAGAUACUCACAGAAAACAACAAGCAGUUCAACAUGCAAGUAUUUGCCAACGUUGGACAUGGCUUUGCGUCGCGAGCCCGUUUAACAGACCCUUAUGAGAAGUGGGCUAAGGAGGCCAGCUUUAAGAGCUUUGUAGACUGGUUCGACUUUUGGAUGGAGAAGAAGUGA